UAUAUAUAUAUAUAUAUAUAUAUAGUUUAAGCAGAUAUUCGUUCAAGAAAUAGGAAAGGGGAAUAGAAAUAGGGAAGUUACGUGUUGCUCCGAAACGAUAGUGUACUCCAUUAAUGAUGUCAGUAUUUCUGGAGUUGAAAUGUCACGUGCAUAAUGAAACUGCGAAAAAAGGAAUGGAAAAUUUCGUUAAAAUCUUACAAAAUGCAUUUGAACAUUAUCAAAAUUUAUGGAAAGAUUAUAUAAAGUUACAAGAAAAAUAUGAACAACGUAAUAUAUGUCCUUCAUCUCAAGUAGCAGCCGAUAAACGCGAUAUGCCGAUAUGCACAAAAAUAAAAGACGAACCAAACUCUCACCAGUUGAAUAACGUCAAUAUGUCGGAGAAUGAUAGUAUUCCAUUACCAGAACCAGAAACGUUAAACAUAGGUCCUAUUAAUUUUAAUUUCGAUACAAAAACUGAUCUGUCAGAUCUAAAUGAAUCUCUGCAUAAAGACACCGAUGGAAAUAGUCCGUCAAAAAGUCCAGUAUUUUGUAGAACAUCUUUAAGGAAUGAUAGUAAUUUUGCGAGAAAACGUUUUCCCAGAUAUAAAGCAACAUUCGAUAAUUUAAACUCAGACAUGAAGACACAUGAUGGCGUUGAAAAAAUUUCUUCAAAGUAUAAUCAUAAAUUAGACAUUAGUACAACACAUCAUGUAGAAACUACAUUUCUACCAAAUGGAAAGAAAUUGAAGCAGUCUCGACUUGCAUUUUAUCCAGUCAAAAAUAACGAGGAGACGGCAUUGUCUCCAAAUAUCAAUGUAGUCCAUGAUGUGAAACAGGAUCCUAUUGAAGAUAUUUUUACAGCAAAUACCACUACAAUUACCACUACAGAAAAUAAUGUUACAAGUAGUAGUGAAAAUUCUGAGGAUGUAAUAGAAAUCAGUCCUACACAGAGAAAUAUUACAUCUAAAGUUAAAUAUCGUUUAAAGCUCAAAAGGAAAGUUUCUGCAAAGCAGAUAAAAAUUUCUCCGAAAAAAAAUAAAACAUAUUGCAGUACUGUUCCAGAAAUAACAAUAGAUGAUAUGGAUUUUGGAUUAUAUUUGCCUAAACAUAUUUCUAUACAAGCAAAGAAUGAUAAAUCUUUAGAUAGUACUACACCAAUAGAAAAUUCUUCACCAAUAAAAAUACAUAAUGAGACAAAUGUUCAAAUAAAAAAAUCUGUUCAAAUUCAGAAGAAAAAUCAAUCAGUGGCAAACAAAGAGAAAAAUACUACUAAGAACAUAAAUGAUAUUGCUUUUGAAGAUAAAAUCUUUUACUUGCCUGCAGAACGAACUGCAAAUAGAAAUGAUAUGGAUGAUUUCUAUCUGGAUAACUCAGAAAACGAGCCACCUAAAAAAAAAUGUUUAUUGCCAAAAAGAAAAACAGAUGUUUCAGAACAACUUAACAUACGAUGUAAAGCUGACAGAGCAAAGUUAAAUGGUUGGGAUUGCUGGGAAUGCAGAGAAUAUUAUGAGAAUUUGCCAUUAUCAAAAGAAGAAUUACAAAAGCGAAAAAAUCAGUGCUCACGGCAUCGACACAAAUAUAAAAGGCCAAGAACACCAGAAGGUUUUUGGGAUCCAGAAUUUCCUGAAACAUUGUCAUCUACAUAUCGACAAAAUUAAGACUGAAAUGUAUCAUUAUAUGAUUCUGGUUCUCAGAACUUUGAUGUGAUUUGUAAUACAGAAAUCUUAUAAUUCAAUGUGUACAUAAAGUACAGAUUUGCAAUCACAA